UUCAGCGAAGCAGACAAUGAAAUCGCCUCCUUGGCCAGCACUUGGAACUGCCCUGUUUUAGGCAAUGACAGCGACUUCUUUAUCUUUGAUAUAAAAGACGGCUACAUCCCACUUUCUUCUUUCAACUGGAAGGCUGAUGGGUUAACUGCCGACAUUUUCUAUCGAGAAGAACUGGCAUCGCACUUUGGAAUCCGCGCAGAAUUUCUUCCUUUGUUCGCUUCUUUGGUGGGGAAUGAUUACGUCAGUUUCGAGGUAUUGGCAGAGUUUAGACCCACACUGAAUCGCGGAAAAGCGUCAAGAUUUGCAAGCAUUGCUAACAUUCUAUCGGACUCAAGGACAGAAGAAGAGGCGCUCGAGUCCGCGCUACGAAUGGUAGGGUCAGCGGUAAGCAGAGAUAAACUAAGACAAGCUGUCGACCAUUCUCUCCAGGAAUACAAGAUCACAGAGUCAAAUUUACUGCACUUUUUCGAUAGUGGUGUGGUCGACAGCUCCUUGAGGACUCAAAAUGGCCGUAAAAUUGAAGAAUGGAUCUUGCUCAAGUUUCGCAAGGGACUGUUCUCUGCCAAAUGUAUGAACGCCUUGACAACGGGGAAAAUCCUUCUCAGAACUCAGGUUGAAAACUGUGAGGAAGUAUCGGCUAAUCAGUGCUCUCAGCGCCUGAGGAAAGUCAUGUAUGGCAUUUUAAACGAUGCUGCAGCUCACGACGGGAGAGGAAAUAUAACGAUGGUCCAAGAAUGGGACAGAGAGGGCUUAGAGGUCAAGUCGUCAAAUGUGCCACCCUACCAGGAGGGCGUGGUCGCUAGAGUGAGUCUCAUUCCGCGCUUCGAGAAAGAAGUAAGAUUAGAGAUUUUGUUAAAUGCGCUUGAUUUAAACACAGCUUGCAUCAAGUCCUUGCCGGAGAAGUUUAAAUUAAUUGCAGCGUCACUACGUUUCCUCGUUAAUAACGCUCAGCCAAUGUUAAAGGUGAACCAUCUCGUCUCUUUACUCUGCUGUUGUCUUAUUUUGGAAGACGAUUCCACUGAACAUAAAGGAAACGCUGAGACCAGUACGUUUGAUCUAGGAGCGGCACAAAGCUUUUCUCAGUGGCAGUGUGUUUUGAGGGACGCCAUUGAUCUUAACUUCAUUUUGUGUGAGCCCUUAACUACACUGUGUGUUCACAAGACGUUCAAUGGAAAACUGGCUCAUAGUCUGCAGGAAAAGUUAAAUCAAGGUCGAACCCCAGAAGAGCUGCUUCCAUCCUUUAGAAACCAGUUGUUUUACAAAGAACUUAACAACGCAGUAACUGAUGGCUUACAGGCAAAGCUGAUCAGUGAUGAGGGGCAGAAAAGUUUCUGUAUUUAUUUUGUUGUCGUAUUGCUAGUGGUAUUUUGUUGCGUCGGAUUCUCUCUUCUUCGAGUAUGAAAGAAAUUACUGCCGUAUAUUUCCCCCAUUACGAACAACUUAGGCCCAGUGCACACUACAACACCUGAGGAAUUUGAAAUUACACGGGGGUUUCACUCUGAAAAAUCAUCAAAUGUUUUCCAUUCACACUACGCCGGAGAAAUUUCAAAACGCAACAAUAAACCAAUCAUUUUGGAUUUGUGUUUGAGGAAAACUCGGUCAGCGAAAUCACAUUACUAUCGUGAUGUUAUCGUUUUGGAAAAGCC